AUGGAGCAGUCGCACUCGCGAAGUCGACGUCUUGUGACUUACGGCUCGUCCAUGAGAAACAAUCCCCGUUCCAAAAUCGCUACUGUACACGCCUCGGCAGCCAAAGGAUCGCUAGCCGACCCUAGUAAGAUUCGGUCGUCGCGUCCCUCAACAACCGAAACAUCUGGCAAUGAGCAUCGAAACAAACAAGGAAGAUCGUCGGAAACAGCGCAAGCGCCAGGGGUUUUGGGAGCAUCGCGCAAAGCUGAGGAGGAUAGCAUUUACGACCUUCCAUCCUCAAAUGAUGAGGACCCAGAGCCAACUGUCCGGCGCAAGCGCCGGCGGUAUGGUGCGGAUAUUGAUGGGAAUACUGCAUUAUCCCACGACCCCCUCGCUGUGCGAUCUCCGCCUGACCUUGGAGCAAAAGCGGGAUCACAAGAUGUUCCAAUCAAAUCAGACCCGGCAAGUUCCCGAACCAAGAUCGAUUCACCUCGUGCAACAAGACAGGUAGGCCGUGGAGGCCCCCAACCACCAAAAAUUAGCAGCAAAUCAAAAUCAAUUCCGCAGAAGCCCGUUGAAGACUCACCAAUGGCUGGAUUCCGAAGGACUGGGCCGACUCGCCUUGUCUCGCUCGACACGAGCCGACAGUCGAGCCAGUCCAAAGUGACGGAAGCCUCGUCUGGAAGCGUACGAUCCAGCCCAAUAAUGGAUCCUGGAUCCCCGAGCCCGCCAGUGCACGCAAGCGCUCAAGGUGGAACCACGACACCCACUCGAAAGAGGCUAAUCGACUCACUGGGUACACGAGAACAAUCGGCGGAUGCGUUAUCAAAUAUGACAGCUGUUAGCCAGCCACCUUCUCCCUUCACACCUCGCAGCCCAAGUCGUCCAAAAGCAAUCCCUUCACUAAACACGCGCGCGGAUGUUCAGGCCACAGAAUCAAGCCAGGAGCCUACUGUCGCAGUUUCACCGCACCUUGCCGGUUCUAGAGUCACAUAUGCCCGCCAACGUUCGUUUCUGGAUGAUCUUUGCCUGACAGGUGGUUUGCCGGGGCAGGAUAUGACAGCCGGUCUGGAGCAAGACGGCCUGUCAACUUCGCAGCCCCGGGGAUUUGAUGACCUCCCCCGUGCCCCCCUUUUUGAAAUCGAGGAGGUCAACAACGAGGACGGGUCUGUCCGAAGUAUCCACGAGCUCCGCCGGGCUGGAGGGAAUGCUCGUUACCGCGGUGCAAUCGAGUCCAUCUUUGAAGAUAUCGAGGAUCCCCACGUGUCAAUCUCGGGUCGAUGCAACUCGUUCGUCCAACUUUGUAACAAGUUGCUCGACUCGAAACUAGCACGUCAAUUCGUUGAGUGCAACUUUGAGAGGAGACUUGUCGAUUGCCUCUCUAAUAAACUUGACAUGGUGUCUGCUGCGCUGGCUUUAUGCGUCUUUGGAUUAGCUGCGCAGGGUCGAUCUCUGCCCUAUGUUCUUGCAGCCACUGCAUGGCCAAAAUUGCUGGAAAUAGCGCCCAUCCUUCUUGGCGCCCAGGAUGAUUUAUGUGUGAUAGUACGCGCUCGAAACAGCAGCUUGUCUAAGGCCGCCCAAAGAUCGGUGCAAAAUGUCGCACCCCAAAUCCACACGGCCUUAUUUGCUGAUACAUCUAUACCGGAGCUGUCUCCGUGCCUCCUGGCCCUACAUUGUUUGAGGGUGACCAUUUCAGCAUUUCAGGCCAAGGGUGAAAUACCGGAUAGCUUGCCUGCGCCAGUACUGAGCCAACUCGUCAACAUUCUCUUGUCUGAAAGCUCUCAUCUUGAAGGGAAGGUGGCCACCCGUGAGGAGAAAUUUCAUAUCCUGAUAUUGGGCUUAUCUAUCCUCGAGGUUCACAUCACUUCCGGAGAUCCGGCUCAACAAGAACAGCGCGAUGCCAUGGGUGUUCUCUCUGAAAUGCACGGCUUGCUUCGACUGGAUAAUGAGGCGGGUGCAGGACGCCAGCAGGUCCAGAUGCUUUAUCUUCGAGUAAUCUUGAAUACCACCAAUAGCAACCCCACGCUUUGUGAUAAGUUUGCGACCGCGGCCAUGAUUGAAGAGCUCGCCAGCAUUGCAAUGGCCGGGUUUGGCAAUCUGACCGAGGACACCCUCGCACAGGAGAACAAUUCUCUCGACACUGUGAUUCUAGCACUAGGGGCUCUGAUCAAUCUGGUCGAACAAAGUGAGGCAUCACGCAGGAUAUUCCUCAAAUCUGGUGGUGUCCCAGAAUCCAUUCUCGAUCAGCUCCUAUGCAUCUUCUCAGCCCAUGUUGACUCAAUUUCCAAGGCCGAUUCGGUUUUAGAAGUGCAUCACAAUGUCGCCGUGGGGUACUUGGCUGUUCUCCUCCUGGCACUUUGUCUACACGCAGGCGCCCGCAUACGAAUUAAGGAAUCUCUUCGACCCAAUGGACUAGCAAGCAUUAUGUCGACUGUGAAUGAAUUUUUGCAGCACCACCAGAAGAUUGAACAGGAGCUAAAGUCUGCUCACGUAAAGAAAGAGGCGAGUGGAUUUUUGGUCCGGCUUCAAGACCUCGUCAAUGAAAUCCAACGCAUUGAUAGCGAAUGA